GUGAUGAUCCAUCGAUUGCAACAAAUGAAGCACAACAAGAUUCACUUAGCCAACUGUUAGGGCCUGACAAUCCUGGUAGAAUGAGGGCAAUGGGUAGAAAUAUGAAUAAGACCAAGUUAGCUUGUUUCCAAGUGAAGCACAAGUGUAUGGCUCAAAUGCAAGAGAAUCAGAUUCAGCUCCAGCAGAAGGUCACUGAGUUAGAAGAUGUAAUUCUGAAAAUGAAGAAUCAGAGACAAUCACCUGAGGUUGGUGAAAACUCAGCUGCAAGAAGUGUGAAUAAAAGAUCACAACCAAAGUGUGUCUUGAUUGAUUGGGCUGGUUCUGAGGAAAAAGUUGCUGAGGGGCUUAUUAUGUCUUCUGAUCCUGAUGAAUUAGUUAAUGAAAGUCGCUUAGGCCCUACGGAUGUUAAAGUCUUGAUUGUCACUGCUAUUGUACCAGAAGCAUUCCUUUGGAGACCUGCGAUUAACAUGUGCACCAUUGAGAAAGCUGUUGGACAUAUGGUGGCCUAGCCAUCUAGUUUGUGUGUUAAUCUAGAAGAGGAGCUCCAACCAGAAGACAUUGCAACCCUGGGAUCAAGACCUAAUUCUGUGAACAAGUGCAAGCUACUGGAUUUGUCUUCAUAUGAUGUUGUUGUUGCAGAAGGACGUUGG